CACCAUCACAACUCCAUCUCCUUCAUCUCUUCAUCCUCUUUCAACUCUUGCUCUUGUUCAUAUCCAACACUUCAUGUCAUGAGCACCGCAGAUCCACUCAUCGCCCUGCCGGAUGGCACAUUUCCCCUCAAGUUCGCCGACAGUGCGCGUGACGCUCUGCGCGGCAAGAAGCGGCCUCACGACGAUGUGGUGGCGCUCAAGUAUGCUUUCAAGCCGGCCAGCGUGGCGGCCGACACACCCGGUGUCCUCGAACCCGCGCCAUCCGGCGUGACAGGAGGGCGCGUCCUCUCCUUCGACCUCAGCUCGGGACAGAGCCAGGUGUUUGACGUGCGUGAAGAGAGCAGCAAGCCGCGCGAGUGUGUGCUCGUAUGGAACGAGGACCAGCAGACAUUCACGCUUCACGCCCUCCCCUCGACGCUGCACCUCACGCAGAACCGAACACUCUCGGCGCAGCGUGUGAACGGUGCUUUCCCUGCAGCAGAGCCGUCAGCCCCUCCCCCUGCGAAGAAGGCUAAGCGUGCUCCGACGGCAGGCAAGAGCGUAGCGCGCAAGCAGGUGCCCUCGGCGGCCGACUUGGACCCGGUCCUCCCCUCGUCUGAGGCGCCAAAGAAGGGCAAGGCGACCAAGAAGAAGGCUGCUCCCAAGAAGGCUGCACCUAAGAAGGCUGCCGCAAAGAAGAAGGGCCAGGCGCCAGUAUCAUCGCCGGCCCAGGGCAAGAUCAAGUCUGUCGAGAUUAUCGAGGACAGCGACGACGACCUCGACGAGUUCGCGGACAUGCUCGGCGAUGCGAUGGAGGCAGCAGAGAGCGAAGAGGAGGACGAGGUCGAGGAAGAAGACGACGACGAGCUCGGCGGUGCCCAGUACGCCGGGUACGCUGCCGCCGACGCCGAGGGCGACGAGGAGUGGAUCUAGCUCAUUACCCAUUACAACUCCUCGGCUGCGGGUCCUGAAGCGCAGCCGCCUUGGCAAAGAGGCCGUCGGCCCUCGGCCACGCCACCGCCUCAUUGCUGACCCAUCAUUAUCUUCAUUCAUCCACACUGCCACCGCCCGCCUGCGCACAUUGUAUUUUUGAGCAUGCAUGUUGUACGAGAG